AGAUAAUUCUGAGGGCCAUGCCAAUAAGGCAGUCAACAACCUCCAAGGCAAAUCCUGGCCUAGGGUUAUUUCGGCCGAUUGUGCUGCGGCCGACGUUCUUUGUCGACCCAGCAUCCUCGUCGCUUGCGCUAAUUUUAAGGACUUCUUCAAUCUCGCCUCCUGCUCUCACUUCAUUCUUCACCGACGCCGCUCACAACGCGCUACGUCGCCACUUUAGCCUUCUCUCUUCUCUUUGGCGGAUUAGGUUUUCUUCUAUAGAGUAUCCUUGCUGCGAGUUAAUCUGAGUUUCGUUCUUUUAAAAUGUCUUGGUGCACCAUCGAAUCUGAUCCUGGCGUCUUCACUGAACUUAUCCAGCAGAUGCAAGUGAAAGGGGUGCAGGUAGAAGAACUGUAUUCUCUGGACAUUGACACUCUAAAUGAACUACGGCCAGUCCAUGGACUGGUGUUUUUGUUUAAAUGGCGACCCGGUGAAAAGGAUGAUCGAGCUGUUAUCAAGGAUCAAGUCCCAAAUCUUUUCUUUGCUAGCCAGGUUAUCAACAAUGCCUGUGCCACGCAAGCCAUCCUUUCAAUUUUGCUGAACAGUGCCGAUGUUGAUAUUGGCCCUGAACUGUCAAUGCUGAAAGAAUUUACAAAGAACUUCCCACCCGAACUCAAAGGCCUUGCUAUCAAUAACAGUGAAGCCAUUCGAACGGCUCACAACAGCUUUGCAAGGCCUGAGCCUUUUGUUCCUGAUGAACAGAGAGCUGCGACUAAGGAUGAUGACAUUUACCACUUUAUAAGCUAUGUUCCUGUGGAUGGGGUUCUGUAUGAACUAGAUGGACUCAAGGAAGGUCCCAUUAGUCUCGGCAAAUGUCCCGGCGAAAAAGGAGAUCUGGAGUGGCUUCGAAUCGUGCAGCCGGUGAUCCAAGAGCGCAUCGAGAGAUAUUCUCAAAAUGAGAUUCGGUUUAACCUGAUGGCAAUUGUAAAGAACAGAAAAGAGAUAUAUACUGCAGAGCUUAAGGAACUUCAGAGGAAGAGGGAAGUUCUUCUCCAGCAGUUAAAUGACCAUGUUAGUGGCGGCAACAAGCAGGCUGCUGCUGUUGACGCUAUAAACAAAACACUCACGGAGGUGACAUCUGGGAUUGAAAAUGUGACCACAAAGAUUAUAAUGGAGGAGGAAAAGUUCAAAAAGUGGAAAACUGAAAAUAUUAGAAGGAAGCACAAUUAUAUUCCAUUCCUGUUUAAUUUCUUGAAGAUUCUCGCAGAGAAGAAACAAUUGAAACCUCUGAUUGAGAAGGCCAAGCAGAAAACAGGAAGCCCCAGGUGAUUGAGAUUCUUCUUGAAUGUUUUUCUUUUUUUCCUAAGAAUCUUGUUUUCAAGCUGUGGUGCAUUUAGAGGUUAUGAAAAUACAUUCAUAUAUUGAUAGUAUUUAAGGAUUUUCAGCGUUCCUCCGCUUGAUGUAGAUUAAAGAAAAUUAUUUGUGCUAUUCUGAAUCAGGUGUGUUUUAUUAGAGUAUUGGAAACUGGAAUGUUUUGUGUUAUCUUCUCAAUUCUCAAGUCGUUCGAGUAUUCAUAAGUUGUUCA